CAGCGCCCGCCCGCUCGUUCGCUCGCUCGGGCGGCUUGGCUUGCCAGCUAGGCAGGCAACGGGGGCAGCGCUGCGUGCCUCCUGCUCCGGCUCCCUUGCGCGUCCGGCUGGAUUCCGACGCCCUCUCCCCUCCCCGUCCCUUCCUGCCCGCAGCGGGGCCCAAGCGCGGCUCGCCAGCUCGGAGGCGCAGCGCAGCGCGGCGCAGCCAGCCGGGGGGCCAGGCCGGACGGCGGUGGCGGCGGCUGGGGAGGUAAAAUAAAGAGGCUUGACGAUAAAGCCAGAAGUUGACUCAUUUCUAAAAGAAACCAUGCGUGCACGUCUGUAGAAAUGGUUUGCGGCUCAGUCAAGCUGGAGCUAACCAAAUGAAGCUAUGGGCUGUGCAUCAGCCAAGCAUGUUUCUGCUGUUCAAAAUGAAGAGGAAGCUCAGAAGGGGAAAAACUACCAGAAUGGAGACGUAUUUGGUGAUGAGUAUAGGAUCAAACCUGUGGAAGAGGUCAAAUACAUGAAAAAUGGGGGAGAAGAUGAUCAGAAAAUAGCUGCCAGAAACCAGGAAAACUUGGAAAAAAGUGCCAGUUCACAUGUAAGACUUAAGGCCAAUAAAGAGCUUCCAGGAUUAGUACAUCCACCUAGAGCAAACAUGCACAUCUCUGAAAGCCAACAAGAAUUUUUCAGAAUGCUUGAUGAGAAAAUUGAAAAGGGUCGCGAUUACUGUUCAGAAGAAGAGGAUAUCACAUAGUGCCAAUUCUGCUGAUCAAAAACAGGAAUGCUACUGCUGUGUAAAUAGAUUACAGUCCAGUCGAGAUCUUUUUCGGAAGACUUCUCAAGUGAACAGCACUACAUAACAAAAAAGAUCAUUUCCACAUUGUAUGCUCCAUUCAGUUACAGUGUUUCUCAAUGACCAUACAAUGAACAUUGCUAAAGGAAAAGAAGUACAGCUUGUAUGGAACUGCCUUUGCUGCUGCUAGUUGGAACUUGUUGCAGAUUUUUCAGUUUCCUGAGGUCCCAGAAACACAGCAAAUCUUUGACAUACAAUCUGAGAGUCACUGUAGAUUUUUCUUGGGCUUUCGGCCUGUUUUCUAUUGGCUACAGUAGUGGUUAAUAUGAAACCUUCCAUAACUGAACAGCUCAACCUUCCAAUUCACCUUCCUAUUCAUCAACCCCGCCAACGGGGUCACGGAGUUCUUAUUACUGACAAUAUACAGCUUUGGAGAUGGGAUGCUUUUUGCCAUGACAGACGUCGUUUCUGUGCUAGGAAGAAGUUAUCAGUUAAAAAGCAUGUUGUCACACAAAUACUGGAUAUGGUGUUGCAGGAGCAGAAAUCUGUAUUUUUUUUAAAAAACAGUUUCUUUUACUAGUUAUUUCAGUCAAGGAAUAAGCUUGCAGUAUUGGCUUUGCUGAACGCAGUUGGAAGUUGUGAUCACAAUCAGUUUGAAUCCCUCUUUUUUUUUCUAAGAAAAUAAACAUUUUACUGUUUUUAGGUAUUCUUGUCUUAAACCCAUUCAUACAGUCCAGUGUUUUAAGGAUAAUUGGGUUAAAUGGGGGGGGCAGGGGAGACCAAAGCACCCCUUUGGAAUUAUAAUUGGGAGAGGAUGUUAUUUUAAAGCACCUGUGUGCCAAUUGGGGAUGUCUGUAGAGUUUAUUUUUCCAUAUUAUAAAGAUACUCUCUCUUCUCAAAGGCAGAUGUAAUAUUUUUAACAAAGAUUGUCAUGAGUAAAAUAAUCCUAAGGUUUAAAAAAAAAUACUUUUGCAUUUAUUUUUUGAAGAAGUUGGAUGACAGAUUCUUUUGUGUCUUAAAUCAUUUUAUGGGGGAGCAUAACCUUCAGAAAAAUACUUCCCUCUGGAUUUUUUUGUAAAUCCUCCUAUUGCAAUUUGAAAAGCAAACACUCAUUUUGAUCAUUGUAGAAUUUAUAAUAUAAUUAAGGCUAAGAUCUUUUCCCUCAAGCUAAUAAUUGUUCACAGGAAAUCCUUUGAUGUUUAUUUAGUUGGAUUAGAGAGAUUCAACUAGAAUUAGAGAUAUUUCGUUAGACAUAUUCAAGUAUUGCAUGUCCAGUCCCAUGGGAUCAGCACAGGAUACAUAUCCAUUAGGACACAGCCAUUAGGACAAUGGGCCACAAAUGUUAUUGAACCUCUGCUGCAUUAAUGCUCUCUCUGUUUUGCACUGGAUGAAUUGGCUUCUUCUGAUGUCACAGUGGCCAUCACUGGGCCAUCAGCUUGGUAGUUCAGAUAUUGGCCUUCGUUGAUGUGACAGAAGGCCUUUGGAUCACUGGGCCUUGUAGCCAAUCGCAUACAGGCAGCGGGAAGAGCCUUUUGAUUCUAAAUUCUAAGAUACAUAAGCCACUCUAAGGCACAGAAGAAUUGCCUACAUGUCCUAGGCUUUCAGAGGGCUACCUUUUGGGUGCUCAUUUGAAGAGUGGUUUAAAUGCAUUUUAAAAAGACAGGCAAUAACAAUUCCUGCUUCAGAUAAGAGCUGCCUGUGUUGUAAGAGAUGUCACAUAGUAUAAGCCUCUAAGAAGCAAUAGAUUUGGGAAUCUCGCCAUCCGUUUCCUUUCCCUCCUCCAUCUUCACUGGCUUCC